AUGUCACAUGAACAAACUGAAGUCUACACAUACAACUUCUGCGAUGGAGACCAUCCAGUCGAGCUCCUGGAUGCUCUCAGGCACUUCUACAUCAGUGGCUUGUUUACUGAUGUUACUCUGCAGUGUGCCAAAUCCGGACAGAUGUUUCAUUGCCACAAGGUGCUGCUGUCAGCCAGGAGCUCCUAUUUCAAAGUCAUGUUCACAGCUGAUAUGAGGGAGAGGUCAAACAACGUCAUCAAACUGACCGGGGUUGACAGUGCGGUUCUGGGUUCCCUGGUGAACUAUGUGUACACAGCUCAGGUGUGUAUCACAGAGAGCAACGUGCAGAGCCUGCUGGAGGCUGCAGACCUCCUGCAGUUUAUCUCUGUGAAACAAGCAUGCGAGGAGUUCCUCAUUCGCCUCAUAGAUGUAGACAACUGUCUGGGCAUGCAUGCUUUUGCUCAGCUCCACCUGUGUCCUGGCCUGGAGAGGGAGGCCCAGAGAUUGAUGCUGAGCAGGUUUGCAGACCUUACUCAGCAGGAGGAGUUCCUGGAGCUGGAUCAUGAUAAGAUGAAAUCAGUUUUGGCUGCUCAGAACCUCAACGUGCAGAGAAAUGAAGUGCUGGUAGAUGCUGUGGCCAAAUGGGUAACCCAUGACUUGGAUAAUCGUGUUCAUCGGGCUGCAGACCUGCUGCAUUCCAUCCAUCUUGACCUGGACGAGGUUUACUUCAAAGCUACUUUAGAAGUUCACAGACAGUGCUUGAUGAGCAGUGAAGGGAAACUUAAAUCCAUGAUCAUUCAGGCUUUAAGGUCCAACAGCAAGGAGAUGUCUGCAAGCAGAAAAAUGUCUUCAAGCAUGUACAUCAUCGGAGGAUACUACUGGCAUCCUCUUUGUGAAGUUCAUAUAUGGGAUCCUAUAAGCAACACAUGGGUGCAAGGAAAGGACAUGCCUGAUCAUGCACGAGAGAGCUACAGCGUCAGUUUACUUGGAGCAAAUAUCUAUGUGACUGGCGGUUACAAGACAAACACUGUUGAGGCCCUGGACACAGUGGAGAUUUAUAACUGUGACUACGAUGAAUGGACCGAGGGUUGCCCCAUGAUUACAGCUAGAUACUAUCAUUGCUCUGUGGCUUUGCAUGGCUGCAUUUAUGCUAUCGGAGGCUACAGAGGAGGAGCUCCUGAGCGAGAGACAGAAUAUUAUGAUCCCCUGAAAAAGAAAUGGUUCCCUGUGGCCAAAAUGAUCCAAGGUGUAGGAAAUGCCACUGCCUGUGUAACAGGAGAUAAAAUCUACGUGACUGGAGGCCACUAUGGGUACAGAGGGAGCUGCACCUAUGAAAAAAUCCAAGUUUACAGGCCAGACGUCAAUGAGUGGAGUAUCAUUACAAUAAGCCCUCGUCCAGAGUACGGCCUGAGUUCUGUGUCUCUCAAUAACAAGCUUUAUUUGGUGGGUGGACAGACAACUAUCGCAGACUGCUAUGACACAGAGAGAGACGAAUGGAGAUCAAUAUCUGUGAUGGAGGAGAGGAGGAUGGAGUGUGGGGCUGUGGUAAUAAACGGUUGUAUUUAUGUAACCGGAGGAUACUCCUACUCAAAAGGGACUUAUCUGCAGAGCAUUGAGAAAUAUGACCCUGAACUGGACUCUUGGGAGAUCGUAGGGUCUCUUCCCAGCCCAGCCAGGUCACAUGGAUGUGUUUGUGUUUACAGUGUUUAGUGUCAUUACAUUCAUUAGAAAUCUUUGUUGUUAUUUUGUGCCAAAUGGAUCAAAUGAAUAAUUGUGCAAGUGUCAAGUACACUAUCGCACCAAGAUCUGUCAAGUAAAUCCAUGUUUUGCACUGCAUAAUUGCCUUUAGGCUGCUACACUUUUGCCAA